AUGUCCUUGCCCUCCUUCCAGGUGCUGUACCCCCCUGUGCAGCCCCGCCCAGGGUCAGCCUGGCCCCAGCCGGUCACCAUCCUUGACCAUACGCAGUACUCACAGCAGCAGCAGCAACUCCACACAACCACCAACCUGCCAUACCUCGCAACAUCUACAGCACCGCCAGCAUCGGUCACAUGGACGGGGACAACCACAGGGCCACUGCCCCGCCCCCCACUCAGGUCACGCCCACUGUCAGCGGGGGCGUCAGCAGUGAGACGAGGACCGUGUGACAUGAGGUUCGCAGGCGUGACCGGGCCACCUGUUGGGGGUCCGUUGCCUAGGAGCACUUCCGGAGUGGGGUGGAUGGGGUCCACGCAGUCAUCCAUCAACACACAGAGGAUGCAGCAAGCGCCACCGACAACGCCACAGCAACCAUGCCCUGAUCUGCUACAAAUGAUGCAGGAGAAGGAACAAAAGAUUCUACACUUAACUGAAGAAAAUAGUAGAUUGCGUGUGGGUGAGUUUGAUGCCUACCGUAAAGAACAGCUGAUUCAGCAGCUGCAACAGGAGAAUGGCCAGCUGCAGAAACAGCUUCAUCAAGAGCCGUCCGUCAUAAUGGGCGGAGACACAGAUGUCUCGGCCAAGCUGCUGGUGCUAGAGGCGGAAGUUAAUGCCCGAAAGGAUGAGGUUGCAUCACUCAAGGAACAGCUUAAUAACAUGAAAAGCGAUUCGGGUGAUAGUACUUACCAUCUAAGACAAGAACUCAACGAGAAGGUGCGAGAACUGAACAAUGUUCGCAAUGAGUUGGAGAGGGUUAGGAAAGACAAAAACAUCACGUCGGGUUUAGUAACCCAGAUGCAGAGAGACAUGUCAAAUAAAAGAGUCUUUUGUCCAGAGGAGGAGGAGGAUUCGUCUAUCAGCAAGCUCACCCGAGAAAUUGAGACAUUGAAGAAGGAACUCCGAGACCGUGAUGUCCAAGUAACAACACUCAACAACAAGGUCACCAAGCUGAAGGACACGUCGACACCGGUCAGCCGUCCUGGUGAGGACAGAUCGGAUGUCCGAGAGAAGGAGCUGGUCUGCCUGCGACAGAAAUUCAAGGCCUCUGAGAACAAAGUGUCAGAACAACUCAACCUGAUUGGCUCUCUCAGAGAGGAGUUGGACAAGACAAAACAGAUGCUGUUUGAGUCGGAGGACGUCCAUCGCAAACUUCAAGGGGAGGUGGACGCUGCGAAGUCCCAGUUCCUGGACAUGCAGCGGACUGAGAGAGUUGUCCGAGUGGACAUGGAGCAGUCUUCCAAGAGGUUGGAGCGCUUCCGGAACCGGGUGAUACAGGUCACGUUCUCCACUCCUGGAAUCAAGGCGCCAGAAACUGAGAUCACAGACGAUGAGCUGAUCGAGACGAUGAAGAAACUUAUUGAUGAGCGCACGAGUCUGACCAAUAAGAUUAAAGAUCUCAAGGAGCAAGUUCGACUUGCUAAGAUUGGCACAAGUGAACUGAUCACCAAUGGUGACAAACUGAAGGAAAAAUUGAUGGCUUCAGUGAAUCGUCUGAGGACAGAUGGUCGCCUGUCAGUGAUGUUGCAGCAGGAGCUGACUGUGAUCCAGUCUCUGUCGACAGAAAAUGCACUGACGUGGGUCCGUGACUUGCUUGUCAGUAUCGUGAAGGACGAACAGGCGUGGGAGACAGAUGUCGAGGAGGCCCUGGAGAAGUGUGGCGUCAAUGUCAAACUCACGAAUGAUGCUCCAGGAUCACACAUCCAGAUGCUGUUCGCCAAGUGGGAGUCGGCCAUCACUGACCAGGAGCGGCUGGAGACACAGCUAGCGGAGAUGGAGGAGCGUCACAAGGAAGAACUGAAGGAGAAGUUGGACGCCCUCAAGGAAGAGAUGGACAACAGGCUAGUGGACGCUGUGGAGAAGGCGCGACUCGAGGAGGAAGAGAAAUUUAACCGUGCAAUUGAUAGUAUCACUGCCGUGGAAACUGAGAAAAGAGAAAUUGCUAUUGACGCAGAGAAGAAGAAAUCGGAAGAGUUAGAGGCCAGUCUAGAUUCAAUCAGACAGUCUUUGACCUCGAAGCAGGAGGAGGACAGGGACAAGCUGGAACAGGCCGCACAGGCGCUGGCGGAGAUGGUUUCGCUCAGGGCGCUGGAGUCCGAGCUGCGGGAACAGAUUGCCAAGCUGGAGCAGGAGAAGAGGGAGGAAGUUGCCAGGCUGGAGGAGGAGAAGCAGGAGGCGAGGAAGAAAGGGCACGAUGAGUCUGAGUCGUUUAAGGAACAAGUUAAACAGCACGCUGUCACCAUUUGUACAAUGGAGGAGAGGAUUGUGAAGCUCACCAAAAAGAAUAAGGAUUACCAAGAUGAGGUGGAGCAACUGAAGAAAGUCAUAACAGAAGUUGAAAACAAAAUCUCUCAGAAGCCAAGUCUCCCUCCAAAGCCUAAGGUUGUCAUCCAGAGAAACACAGAAGAACUAGCAGCUAUGGAACACCUCAUAACUGUUCUCAGGAGGGAAAACAGUGAUCUCAAGAAGCAGUUCACAGAAUCUCAGGACGUGAUCAUGGGUCUACGGCGCGAUCUGGCGGGAGCAGCAGCCCGUCUGUCGGACAUCACCGGGGAGCUCAGCGAGUCGCAGAAGCAGGAGAUGGAGCAUAAGAAGGAGCUGCUGGUGAAGAAGGAGAAGGACCUGACGGAGUCGCGGCAGCAGCUUGCCAAACUCUCGCAGAUUGUCGACAAACAGAAGGAGGAGAUUAGGAAGAUGGAAGAGGAGUUGAGCAAGGAGCAGUCCGUGUCGUCCAAGUUGCGGGCUGGGUUUGAAGAGAGGACGGAGAAACUGAAGCUUCUGGAGACCCGUCUGAGCGAGGAGAAGGAGGAACAGAAGAAGCAACUGGAACUCCUCGACCAGGAGGGUCGUAUCACAUCAGAGUUGUCUGCCCUUGGUUCCCAAUGCCGUGGAGAGAGACACGAGCAGGUCAUCACAAGACAGAGAGAGGCUCUGGCGGAACUCAGGCAAAGGGUCAAGGUCCUUGAGAGCGUGCGACCUCCAUUGCCAUCCCAGGACCAGGCUCUGCAGCAAGUGAUCUCACUUAAGAAGGAGCUGGCCGAGAUGAGGGUCAACCAGGCCAUAUCGGAGGACCGUGUUUUACAGAGCGUGACCUCACUGGACCGCGAGAUCGGCAAGGCUCGAGGUCUCAUCACACCGGCCAAUGUUGAGGCUGAUAUGGAGAGAAGUGCCCACAGGGAAACAAUGGAUGCCUUGGAGAGCAGUGAGACUACAUACAUGACAUUGCUGAGAGCCAUGGCUAGUUGUCUGGAGAUGGAGGCAAUAGAUGGACUCCGGCCGAUGGCACACAUCCCGAGGGAUGAGCGUGAACGUCUUACAAUGCAGCGGGAUUCAUCCUGUGGGAUCCUGGCACAGAAGAUAAACUCCUUGAAGGAGAAGACAGCUCGGAAAGACGAGCUCCUACAUGGUUACGAGCGAGACCUCGUCAAACUGAGGCAAGCUCAGGAAAUGGCUGCCACAAAGACCCAGCAAAUGCAGACAAUGCAGAAUGACAUUCGAAUGUCGUCGCAGGAAUCUGAACUACUACGCGAGUCUCUCAAUCGAGCACGAGACAAACUCAACCAAGAAAAACGACUCAAUACAGCUAUAAAACAGAAAAAGACAUUCCAUCUGGAGAAUGAGAGGGCCCAUCUCAUGCCCCGACCUGGUUCAGCACGCAAAAAAACGGACGAUCAUAAGACGCAGGUCCAAAAGCGUGCCCAGAAAGACCUCCUUCAUCGCAAGAACUAUGAGAUCUCCAUGUUAAAACAAGAACUGAACCAGAAGGAUAGAGACCUAAUGGACAAAGAUCGGCAGAUGUACUCUAUAGAAUCAAGCCUGGGAUUGGAGCGCCCGGUUGAAGUCACAGAUGCCGUCCACUGAUUGA